CGAACGGUAGGAUAGAGUUAUAAUCAAAGAAGCACGAUCGCGUUUCUCAGAUAUCUAACUCUGUCGCGCAAAAAGGAUCCCGAGGAGGAGUUAGCCAUUUCGACGUUCCGGUCUGGUAGUUCUAGCGUCGAGGAAACCCAGGGAAAGAAGGUCAAAAUAUCCGCAGAAAAGGUGGUGAAGGAAACGUACGUACAGUACAUAUACGUGCCCCGUAAGGAGGGGGGGAAAGAAACAGGAUCUUCAAAUGCGCAACGUCGCCGGGAAUUGCGAGGAAGCUGGCGUCGGGAACAGCUGGCAUCGCGGAAUGUUGACCUAGUGAUCGCGGGCCGCGAGCGUGCUGAUUUGACAUAACUGCGAGCGAAAAGCAGCAGCAGCAGCAGCAGCAGCAGCAGCAAGAGAAGGAGGAGGAGGAGGAGGAAAAAUGCGAAACGGCGGUCAGCCGCAGCAGACGGCGGUGAUGGCGCCGCCGCACUUAAACGGUUCCGCGCAGUUCGUUUCCGGUGGUUACGUCGGCUACGUGCCGCGCCAGUCCUGGGGGCAAUUCCAAGGGCCGCCUCAGCAUCCUCGGAGCACGGCCAGGCCGCUGUCGCAUCCGCCGCCGCCGCCACCCUCUCGAAGGGAGAGCCAACAGAGACCCUCUGGCAACGGAUCCGCCAACCUUAAGAGUACGUCUCUCCCGCAUUCGAGACCGCCUGGAACGCACAGAAGUGCCGCGCCAUCGAAGGUGGAUCCCGAGCUGAUAUUCACGAAACAAGAACGAAUCGGAAAGGGUAGUUUCGGAGAGGUGUUCAAAGGCAUCGAUAAUAGGACCCAGCAGGUUGUUGCCAUCAAGAUCAUCGAUCUCGAGGAGGCGGAGGAUGAGAUCGAGGACAUACAGCAGGAGAUCAUGGUGCUGUCGCAGUGUGACAGCCCGUAUGUCACCAAGUAUUAUGGGUCCUAUCUCAAAGGAACGAAACUAUGGAUUAUUAUGGAGUACUUGGGUGGCGGCUCGGCCCUGGACUUGAUGAAGGCCGGUAACUUCGAGGAAAUGCAUAUCGCAGUGAUAUUGCGCGAGGUGCUCAAAGGGCUGGAUUAUCUUCACAGCGAGCGGAAGCUUCAUCGCGAUAUUAAAGCUGCAAACGUCUUACUGAGCGAAAUGGGCGACGUGAAGUUAGCCGAUUUCGGCGUUGCUGGACAAUUGACCAACACGACCAGCAAACGAAACACUUUCGUGGGGACGCCGUUCUGGAUGGCACCGGAAGUCAUCAAGCAGGCCUCCUACGAUUCGAAGGCUGACAUUUGGUCGUUGGGCAUCACGGCGAUCGAAUUGGCCAAGGGAGAACCGCCGAACAGCGAGCUGCAUCCAAUGAGGGUUCUAUUCCUCAUACCGAAGAACAAUCCGCCCCAAUUAACCGGAAAUUACACGAAGCAAUUCAAGGAAUUUGUCGAGGCCUGUCUCAACAAGGAUCCGGAAAACAGGCCAACGGCGAAAGAGCUGCUAAAGUUCCAGUUCAUCAGGAAGGCGAAGAAAAACUCGUACCUGAUCGAUCUUAUAGACAGAUACAAAAAGUGGAAGUCGCAGCGCAGCGAGGAAUCGGAAACGGAGAGCGAAAAUUCGGACUCGGAGGAGUCGAAGCAGGAUAGCGACAUGGACGAGCCAUGGAUAAUGACCGUGAAAGGUCCACAUGGGGUUAAAGGUUCCGUGGUGCCUAUGCUACCGCUCGACGAGCAGCCAGCCUCGUUGACCCUCACACACACUCCGAAUCACAGAUCCACGAAUCACAACCAACAAACGAAGCCACACGCGAAUGGUGCCUCGAGAUCUCCACCGAAAGAUUCCACGUUGAAUCAUUACAGGAGCGAAUCGAGAGACUCUGUGCGCGAUGGCCAAACGAAACACACGCCGUCCCGACCGCACGAGGCUGCGCCACCGCCGCCCGUGGACACGCGAGAGAAACGAGAGGACCGAGAUUACCGGGACUUUAAUCGAGAUUCCUCGUUGAGGGAGAUACGUGAUAGCAGAGACAGCAGGGACAGGGAACGUGAUAGAGAAGGAAGAGAAAGGGAAAGGGACAGGGACAGGGACAGGGAUAGAGACAGAGAUAGGGACAGAGACAGGGAAAGAGAGUUCAACGCGAAGGAAAAGAGGAACAGUAAACCGGAUGUACCUGUCGUACCUAUGGUGGACCAUAGGCCCGGUGAAGAUAAACAGAGGCCAAGGAGCUCGCAGGAACUCAAACAUCCGCGGAGCGCGGUUCUUUCCGGUGUUGUUUUACCUCUCCUUUCCGAGCUUCAACGGAAGCAUCAAUAUUCGGCAAGAGACAAUAACGGCGAGGGCGGAAGCGGCAUUGGCAAGAACGGCGGCGCGAUAGAGGAACUACGCAAUGCAUUCGAGACAGCGGAACGCACUUCGCCAGGAAUGACAGAGACUCUUGUCAAGGAACUCAUUAAGUCUUUAGUUCCUGCCAAUCACUCGCCGGAGGGUUCUCUGUAUAUGCUGAUGGAAAAAGUAGUCAUUAGGGAUACGUAGGGACGCGAGAGGGCGAGGGUUCGCAAGAGAUUGUGGUCCGAAAACAUCCUGACGUUGUAAUGAUUCGUUAUUUUUCGUUUAUCAGAGUUAUUAUUCUGUAUAAUGCCGGGAACGUUAUUAACGAUCCGAACGUGAGAGCAGAGAAAGAGAAAAUGAGAGAGAGAAUAGAAGAACGUCGCUGCAACGAUCCGGGCAUUUUCUUUAACUACGGUCUGCAGAGACUGUUCGACAACAAAAAAGAGGUCGUCAACUAUAAUCCGAUUUAUCCCAUGUCCAAUUCAACGCGAAGUGCUCGUUAAAUAGAGAGAUGAAAAUAUUAUAGCGACGAAAUUCACACGUUUUACGAACUCGAUAACAUCGAUUCUUUUUUUCCCCCCCCGUUCGAAGCAGAGAGCUGAAAAUUUAGAGAAUUUAUCUACUACAGUAAAAGAAAAAAAAAGUAAAAAAAAAAAAGAAAAAAAAGGAAAAAUAAGAAAAUUAUACCAUCCAAUCUCGUCCUCGCGCGAGGGCGAACAGUUACCGUUAACUUUUAAAAGAAAAAAUAUUAGUCCCCUGCCCACCUCCCCUACGAUCGUUAAAAAAAGUUAGUAUUUGGAGAAAAUUAAGUAAAAAAAGAAAAAGGAAAAAAAAAGAUAAAAAAACAAAAAGAGCAAGAAAAAUGUAGGAGAUAGUUGAGAGAUAUUUUUGCAAAUCGUGCAACCACCCAGGAUUCUUUGUACGUUCUUCGCGUUCGCGUUCCACGCAACCACGAAAUGAACGAAUGAUAUAACGUAGGGUACAACCGUGUGGUCCGAUGGAUGGCGAAAGGAUAUUCGUUGAAGGGAUCUUGCCUCAUUGUAGAUACACAUCCGGAACGUGCACUAUCAUUCUACGAUUUCACUAGGGUAUCUUAGCUCGGAUCUUUUCUUUCAUGUAAGCAUUCUUACGUUUAUGAGUCGCGGUUUUAGCUAACAGUACGAACAUGUACCAAGAUAUAUUUAUUUUAAACAGUUGACAAGACAUAGAGAAAGUUAUAAGCAGGAGAAAAGAGCUGCUCUUUAAAUGAAUGCCUUCCCGCGUUGCUUCCUGCGUUAGUGCACGUUUCGGAUUCAGAAAAUUAAAAAAAAAAAAAGAACAAAAAAAAAAGAAAAGAAGGAGGAGAAAAUCGAAGGAAGGGAGAGUGCCUCUUGUGCCAGAGGCUUUGUACAUAUGUAUGUAGCACGAUAAGAUAGUCUUAUUGUUCUAACGAUCGACGUCUCUGCCAGUCGGUUGCGCAGCUCCGUAACGCGAUCCUGUUUUACCUUGAUAUAUUUCUAGUAAUAUUUUUGCCUGAUUAAACGAAGUGAUUGAACGAAGCAAGCGUUGCAGAAAGAAAAAGAGAUCCACGCGUUCAUGACUGACGCCCGGACACCUCUACCCGGUUCAGGGGAGACGAAAAGUCUAAUAUGUAUGCUGACUUAAAUCGAUCGACAGUUAGUUGACGCGAGUGGUGGCGCGCGAAACCACGAGCGAGAAUGCGCUUUCUUUUUCUUGAGCUGGAAGUUCUUCCACUAGUUUCACCCGGGUAGCAAGGAGAUAGAGUUCUUAUAGUCGAGCCGUUCCACGAUCGAGCCUGAGCUGUGAUAACUUCCGCGGGACGUCGGCACUUAAUCCACGUUGUUUGUAAACUAAUGUAUUUUAUAAAGUAUAUUAUAUAGAAAAGAAGAAGAAGAAGAAGAAGAAGAGAAAACGAAGAAAAGAGGGACACGAAAGGAUUUCCUCGUAACGAUCCGAUAGACAGAGAGAUGUUUAACAAAAAAUAAACGAGGCAGUCGUCGUGUUAACGCAAACGCAGGAUGGCCGCAAACGAGACGAACGAGCAAAUGUGCGAGCGAAACGAUUGUUUCUUUCUUGCGGAACGUUCGCGUGCUAUCCUGCGUCGAGCAAAAUUUUAAAAAAGAAGAAAAAAAAAAGAACCGAGAGAAACCGCAAGAGGGUGAUAGAGUGCGAGAGAGGGAGAGAAAGAGAGAGAGAGAGAGUGAGAAAGGACGCGCGUAUGUGUGGGAAAACUAGAAAGUGUGAGUAAGACAAGAGAGAUGAUUUAAAAAGAAGAGAGUGAAGAAAAUACGAAGAAAUAUUUAGCAUUCGCGCGAAGGUGGAAAGAAAUACUAGCGAUAAAGAAAUUAUAACGAGAAUAUAGUAUUAAUUAUUACCAUGGGAGAGUCGUGCAGAAAAUGAGAGGCGACAGAGAAAGAAAGAGAGAGAGAGAGAGAGAGAGAGAGAGAGAGAGAGAGAGAGAGAGAGAGAGAGACCUAACUAUCGUAAGCCCGCAAUACAAUAUUACGUAGUUGCGUUUUAUUCCAGUCAGCGAGGCGGUCGAAUGGGAGAGAGCUCCUACGAUUAUUAUUAUUAUUAUUAUUAUUAUUAUUAUUAUUAUUAUUAUCAUUAUUAUAAUUAUUACUAUUAUUAUUAUUAAUUAUUAUUAUUACUAUUAUUA